CUUGAACCAUGGAUUUUGGAGACAAGAGGGGCUUAAAACCAGUUGAGUGGGACUUCUCAACCCUCGAACCGAUCAAGAAGAACUUUUUUACUGUAGAAUCUCUCCUUUAUGUUAUAAUCUCAUUUCCAUGUUUUAGGCAUCUGACAGUGUAGGAAAACCCGCUAUUAUUACUGAUUUCAAAGAUGCCCAAUUCCCGAAAUACCUUAAGGAAGAGAUGACAAGAGCAGGAUUUACGAAACCAACUGCAAUCCAAAGCAAGGGAUGGCCUAUAAUUCAAUCAGGUAAUGAUUUAGUAGGUAUUGCAGACACGGGAUCUGGCAAAACAUUGUGCUACCUACUUCCUGGCAUUGUUCAUAUUAUGGCACAAGAUCUCGUCCAACCUGGAGACAGUCCUAUCAUGUUAGUUAUUGUUCCAACCAGAGAGCUAUGCACCCAAGUAGAGAAGGAAUGCAGAAGAUUCGCCUCAGUUUGCAAAGUCUCAACUAUGUGUGUCUACGGAGGUGUUUCUAGAACAGAGCAACUUCAGACUUAUCAAAGAGGUGUGGAUAUCAUGGUUGCCACCCCAGGAAGACUUUUAGACUUUCUCACCACUAAAGAAAUGAACCUUAGUAGAAUCACCUAUCUUGUCCUGGACGAAGCUGAUAAAAUGCUUGAUAUGGGAUUUGAGAAAGAUCUCAAACAAAUAUCAACACAAAUAAGACCGGAUAGGCAAACUUUAUUAUUCAGUGCUACUUGGCCAAUCGGUGUCCAACAGUUAGCCAAAAAAUAUUGCUACGAAACUCCAAAAGAAAUCAAAAUAGGCUCGAACGACCUUACAGUGAAUGACAGAAUCACUCAAAAUAUCUAUGUUAUCCAAGAAUCUGAAAAAUUGAGCAAAUUGGUUGACAUUUUAUGUAAAAUUGCCCCUGGUUCAAAAACAAUCAUCUUCUGUGGAACGAAGCAAGGGUGCCAAGAUCUCAGCUCAGCCUUGGGAAAAUACAACUGUAGCAAUAUUGUAAUGCAUGGAGAUAUUCCACAAGACGAAAGAGAGUCAAUCGUGAGACAGUUCAAAGGCCAAUUUGUCAACAUCCUCAUCGCUACAGAUCUGGUUAGUAGAGGAAUCCAUAUCCCUGAUGUAAAUUAUGUGAUAAAUUACGAUUUCCCUACCAAAAUUGAAACCUAUGUGCACAGAAUAGGCCGGACUGGCAGAGCAGGAGCCACAGGGGUCUCCCAUACACUUUUUACUACAAAAUCUAUUGCAUUCGCUCCAGAAUUGGGUGAUAUCAUGACCAGAGCCAAACAGAAGAUAAACCCAGAGUUUCAGGAGCUCAUAGAUCAAGCAAAUAAUAACAAGAGUGAUAAUAUUUUGGCUAAACUCAGAGAAGGACUGCAAAGCAAGGUUUCUCAGAUUGAAGAAGAAAAGAAAGAAGGAUCUGAGGCCAAAAAUGGUACAAAAAAGAGCAUUAAUCCAGAAGUAGCAAGCCUGAAAGAUGCCGAAAGAAUUCAGUCAGAAAUCGUUAAAAAAGAGCAAGCUUCCCCAAAGAUGAGUUUAAACCAGGUUUCUUCAAUGCUUGCUGUUAAGCCAAAAAUGAUCUUUAAAGCCAGUCCCAAGUCUGAGACAAAGACUCAAAGUAAGGCUCACAAGCCAGCUCUUCCUGGUUUGCCGAUGCUACACUGUCCUGCACCGAAGCUACAUAAAAUACCGACUGUAGCUCUAAAUAUGCAGACAAAAUCCCAAUCAAAGGCAAAGUGGGGGAAGAAGUAAAUUUUAAAAGAAUUUCAAGUCUUGGCAA